ACGUUAACCCGACCGGCUGGCCGCGCACACAUCGCACACGCACGUCGUACCGCGUACACGACGACCGGCGACGCAACCGCGCAGGUAUAUACACCGUAUACCAAACCUGUACCCAUCAGUCGACCACGGGCGCGGUGAUCGCAUUCGCUCCCGGCACGUCCGUUCCGUUGCCGCCGCUUUUUAUUUUUCAUAAUAAUUAGUAUUAUAAUAUUAUCAUAACGGUACGCACACCGGGCGAUAUGGUCCGCUAGUCGACGACGACCACGGCCGCCGAAGCCUCAGCCGUUCGCGUUUGACCCGAAGUUACGAAAAUACGUCCGUUUCGUCGCAACGAUUUGCGAGUGUUUUUCACGCCAUUUGCAGCAAUAGAAGAAAUUCAUAUUAUUAUAGGACCUCGAUUUGGUUGUUCUGUCCUGGUAUUAUAAUCUUACACCGUGUCGUGGAUACCUAGGUAUAGAUAAUCCUUCCACCCGUUUUUCGUUACCGUUUCGCCGGCCGCAUAGGUACGGUGACGAUACCUAAGCACCGGUAAUAAUAUGAUAAUGGGCACGGCCAACCAGGAACAGCAUCCCGCCAGCGCGAUCAAAAAGCCCACGGACUUUUCGAUCGACGCUAUUAUGCGCAAAGAUGACGUCGCCGCCACUGCCACCGAUUCGAGACACAACAUCAUGUUCGGCACAGAAGGCGAAGGUUCGAUGGGUGGGACAGAAGAUUUGGACAUAGAAGUGGACGUUGUUGAGACUUCGGAACCAGAAGAUUUGGCCGCUAACCGCUAUCAUCGACGGUCUUCGGUGGACGCGGGUACUGGAAAGCAAAAUGGCACUGCUAGUGGCUCGAAGAAAAAAAGAUGCCGAGAGACGGUUAGCGCUUCAUCUGAAGACGGUGAUCGGACACCGCCUCCACAAGAUUCUGCACAGGCCAUCUCCAAAAACCUGGCGACAAUGUUGGCAAAAUGUACCAGUCCGGAUUUGGCAUCCACGGAAUGCUACCUCGAGUCCGUCUCAAAAGAACUCUGGUCCAAAUUUCACGAACUGGGCACGGAAAUGAUAAUCACCAAAACUGGAAGUAGGAUGUUUCCCACACUGCGAGUGUGCUUCCGGAAGCUGGACCCAAACCAAAAGUAUUCAGUGCUCAUAGACAUCGUACCGGUGGACAACAAACGGUACCGGUACGCAUACCACAAGUCAUCGUGGCUGGUGGCCGGUAAGGCGGACCCACCAGCCCCGCAUCGGCUGUACACGCACCCCGAUUCGCCGUUCACUGGUGACCAGCUGCACAAGACGUUUGUGUCGUUCGAAAAAGUCAAGCUCACCAACAACGAAAUGGACAUCAGCGGACAGAUCAUUUUGAACUCGAUGCACAGAUAUCAGCCCCGUAUACAUCUGGUCAAGUGGAGGGGAAUGGUGACCGACUUGGACGCGGAAAAGUACCGGUCUUUCGUGUUUCCAGAAACCGUGUUCACGGCCGUCACGGCUUAUCAAAAUCAACUGAUCACGAAAUUGAAAAUUGAUAGCAACCCAUUCGCCAAAGGAUUCCGUGAUUCUUCGAGACUAGGAGAACUCGAAAGAGACCCGGUGGACUUGAUGUUCCUGGAACACCAGUACAAUCAGCACUUGCUCAGCCGGGCGGCCACGCCCAUGUUCUGGCCCUCGUCUCAGGACGGUGGCGUCCACCCCGGGCAGCAGUCAGCGAUGGAACAGCACCACCAGCACCAGCUGAACCAGCAACAACAUCAGUUGCAGCAGCAGCACCACCUCCACCAGCAACAGCAGCAUCAGCAGCAGCAACAGCAACAGCAAGAUCAGAGCAACGGAGGUGGCAAUUCGGGAUUCAUGAUGGCCGCCGCGGCCGCUGCCCGAGCGCAGUUUCACAUGUUGAACAACGCGGCUGCUGCGGCCGCGGCGUCCGGCGGUGGCAGGACCCAGUCCGGCGGCGACGGCAGCGGUGGCGCCGGUGGUCCGGCUGCCCAGCACUAUCAGCACUCAGCCGCAGCCGCAGCGGCCGCUGCGGCCGGCAUGCACUCGCUCAUAGUGUACGGCAACCACUUCCAACAGUCGCAGUCGCGUUUUGCCGCCGCUGCGGCAGCAGCAGCGGCCGCGGCGUCGUCGUAUCCGGGACCGCCACCCCCGCCGCACCCGUCGUCCAUGUUCACGUGGCCGCCGCAGUCGCAAUACCCGAGGUACGUGUCGGCUGCCGCCGCUUUUCAGCCUCCGCAACCGCCACAACAGCAACAGCCCACGGCCUCGUCGUCCACCGCGGCAGGCCCGCCUCAAUCGCCUCCGCAACCGUCGCUUCAGCCGCCGCCGCCGCCUCUCCAACAACAGCCGCAGCCGUCCACGUCGUCCACUUCGUCGUCGUCGCCGUCGUCGUCCACCGCCGCGGCCGUGGUCCAUCACCAUCACCACCACGGCGCCGGUCUGCACCAGCAACAGCAUCACCAUCACCACCGGGCGUACAGUCCCGCGCGAACGCCACCCGGCGCCGGUGGUUCGUCGUCGGCCGAGUCACUGCCGUCGCCAGACGUGGACGGCAGGUCGGCCACCAAGUACCAAAAGCGCCGUUCGCCGUCUGCCGCCAGGUACUCUCCGUUCGACGCCGUCAAGGCCGACGAAUCGUAAUCCGUUCCGCUCGUCCUGAGCGUGUUUUUCUGUACAAAUUUCCCCCCCCCCCAUCAUCCCCUAACCCCUCCUCAUCGUCCUCACCCGUUUUGUAAAUAUGUAUUGUAUCAUUUUAUACAUAAUAUUAAUUAUAUCCACGGACGCCACUAUUAUAUUAUAUUAUAUUAUUAUAAUAAUGUUAUAUAUAUAUUAUACUUAUUAGUAUUUAAUACUACUUAGUCCCUAUAUUACUACUACUAUUACUAUACACACACUAUUACCUACUACUUAAUUAUGAUAAUAAUAAUAUGUAUUCUGUAUUACCGCUUACCUCUUACCAAUGUUGGUACUCUGUAGCUAACCGUAGCUCAUGUAUUUUGGGGUGUAUUGUUUAGGUUUGUGACACCGCGGAUAAGUAUAACUUCUCCCAUCGGGUAGUCAAAACGGUGCGGUUUUUUGGUUCAAACCGGGUUUCGGUAUUUUAGCUGCAUUGCCGGGUCUUCAGCCGUUUUGACCACCUGUUUUUCCUCUCCAGACGACUGCAGUAUCACGCACCUUCAAAAGUCGGUUUUCUCGUUUUUUUCGUUUUCAAAACACCCUUUACUGCAGUUUACGUUCAAAUAAAGCAAAAUACCUGGGGAUCGAAAAUCACCACACUCCCCCCGUCCCCCACCACUACCGCGGUAUACCGUGUGAGGUGCGCGAGAUUUAUGUGCAAUAUAUUAUUAUAGUAUUACUUCGUCGUGUUUUUUUUUCGUUUUUUCCAGUUGUAUAUUAUUAUUAUAUAUUAUGAUAUAUAUAUUCUUCGGUUUGCCAAAAAAAAUUAUAAAAAGCUUUUUUGGUACAUAUUAUUAUCUCUUCGCGUACUUAGUUAUGUGUCCACGACAUGCGUAAAGUCGUAAUUAUCCAUUUAUUAUGUAUUUAUUACAUAAAGCUUAUACUCAAUGGUGCAAUUUUUGAUAAUAAAUGGCCCAUGUGAACGUUUCCCGACUGGGGCACUUAUCUACUAAUAAAAAAGAAAAACAGUUACACCUUAUGAUAACUUUAAAAAAUAUUAUUUUCUCACAUGUAAUAGUUAAUAAUUAUUAGUCAUACAUAUUUUUUUAUAAAAUCAAACAUAAAAAUGUAAUCUUCUUUUUUCACGGUAGCUAUGUGAUUAAUUAUUCUGUUUGUAUCCAAUUCGACUGUCUCUUCUUUAUCAAUGUUCAAUAUACUGAUGUUGGAAAGGCGAUCUUGUCUAAUUGUGUUUUGCAGGUAAUUCUUUAUUAAAUUUAAUUUUGAGAAGGAUCUCUCUGCCGAAGCAACUGUUACGGGUAAAGUUAAAUAAAUUAGACUCGCGCCUAAUACAUCAUCGUAUGAAGUGCUAAAAUCAUUUUCUGAGAUAAAUAUUCACAAAUCUUUUAUGUGUUCUAUUCAGUUUCACUUUACUAUAGUCUAUACUUUAUACCCGCAUUCCGGUACCUAACAGUAUACAGGUAUAUGGUCCACAGGUUUCUCACACAGGUACCUACUAUAGUAAUUCGAAUUCUCUAAAUUCAAAAGAGUAAAGACACUAUUAUUUAUUGUCAUACAUAUUAAAACAAAUUAUACCAUAUCUGUAUACCUAUAACAGAUGAUAGUAGGAAUAUCGUAUGCGAAAUCUCGCCCCCCCCCCCCCCCCCAAACCGGCGACCCUUGUGAAUUUCAAGCCCAACACUCCCGAUAAUUGCUCCACUGCUUAAGCUACUAGAUAAGUGUGUAUCGCAGUGAUGUAGGUGUCUUUACGAAAAAAUACAUUAAUUUCUAUAUCUAUAUAUCUCACCCUGCUAACCAGCGCGGUAGUGCGUACGAGUAAUCAAGUAAUCAAAACAAACUAAAAAGCAAAAACUAUUAUUAUUUAUUAAUGAUUCAUCGUCAUUGAUAUAUACACACUUGGAUUUUGCUUUCCUUUUACACAUUAACAAAAAAAAAAAAACAUUUUUGAAUUCGUGUCUAUUGGCUUAUUCAAUCAAGUAUCCA